UGCCUCUGCCGCCGCCUCCCCUCUCCCGGUGCCACCUCGGGCCCGCAGUCCUCCGCGGGAGGGAGCGAGGCGGCGGGCCGGCGGCCAGGCGGGCGCUGACGGGGCGGUCGGUGGUCCUGUGCGCUCGGCGGCUUCGGCGGCGUCUCCAUGGGGUCGGCCUGAGGCUCCUCUGCGCUGCCAGGACAGUGCUGCUGCGGCCAGAGAAGGCCCGUCCUCCGCGGGGCUCGGAAUUCCUGGAGCUGCUUUUGUGAAGAGCUGACAAUACUUCCUUUAAAUUCCACCUUACUUUUCCUUUUUGUGGAGUCUCAGACGAGUACCCAGACACCAUGAACAGCUUUACUGAUGAAGAGUUUGGCUGUCAUUUCCUCGAUGAAGGCUUCACUGCCAAGGACAUCCUGGACCAAAAAAUUAAUGAAGUUUCUUCUUCCGAUGACAAGGACGCCUUCUACGUUGCGGACCUGGGGGACAUCCUGAAGAAACACCUGAGGUGGCUGAAAGCUCUUCCUCGGGUCACCCCUUUUUACGCGGUCAAGUGCAAUGACAGCAGAACCAUAGUGAAGACCCUUGCUGCCAUCGGGACGGGGUUUGACUGUGCCAGCAAGAUGGAAAUACAGCUGGUGCAGAGUCUCGGGGUGCCUCCAGAGAGGAUCAUCUAUGCAAAUCCUUGUAAACAAGUGUCUCAGAUUAAAUACGCUGCCAAUAACGGAGUCCAGAUGAUGACUUUCGAUAGUGAGGUCGAGCUGAUGAAAAUGGCCAGGGCGCAUCUGAAGGCCAAGUUGGUUUUGCGGAUCGCCACGGAUGACUCCAAAGCAGUGUGUCGUCUCAGUGUUAAAUUCGGUGCCACUCUCAAGACGAGCAGGCUGCUCUUGGAGCGGGCGAAAGAGCUCAAUGUCAACGUCAUCGGUGUCAGCUUCCACGUGGGCAGCGGCUGCAGCGACCCUGAGACCUUCGUGCAGGCCAUCUCCGAUGCCCGCUGCGUCUUCGACAUGGGGGCUGAGGUCGGUUUCAACAUGUACCUGCUGGACAUCGGUGGUGGCUUUCCUGGAUCUGAGGAUGUAAAGCUUAAAUUCGAAGAGAUCACCAGUGUCAUCAACCCGGCUCUGGACAAGUAUUUCCCCCCCGACUUGGGGGUGACGGUCAUCGCGGAGCCCGGCAGAUACUACGUUGCGUCAGCGUUCACGCUUGCAGUUAACAUCAUCGCCAAAAAACUGGUGUUGAAGGAGCAAACGGGCUCUGACGACGAGGACGAGUCGAGCGAGAAGACCUUCAUGUAUUACGUGAACGACGGGGUGUACGGGUCCUUCAACUGCAUCCUGUACUACCACGAGCACGUGAGGCCCGUCCUGCAGAAGCGGCCCAAGCCCGAUGAGAAGCACUACUCCUCCAGCAUCUGGGGACCCACGUGCGACGGCCUGGACCGCAUCGUGGAGCGCUGCGCCCUGCCCGAGAUGCACAUGGGGGACUGGCUGCUCUUCGAGAACAUGGGCGCCUACACCGUCGCCGCCGCCGCCUCCACCUUCAACGGGUUCCAGCGGCCGACCGUCUACGACGUGAUGCCGGGGCCCGCAUGGCAGCUGAUGCAGCAGGUCCAGAACUGCGACGCCCUGGCUGCCGCGGAGGAGCAGGACGUGAGCGCCCUGCCGGUGUCCUGCGCCUGGGAGAGCGGGAUGGAGCUGCACCCGGCAGCCUGCGCCUCAGCUCGCAUUAAUGUGUAGAUGCCGUUCGUGUAGCUGUUACCGCGAGGGUAGCUUGAAUUACGGGAUUGGAGGGGACCACGUAACUUAAUUAUUGCUAGUUCUGAAACGUCUUUGUAAGUAGGGUGGCACAGAUGGAACGUGAUGGGGGCUAGGAGUUGGGGUCACACUUACCUGUGUUCCUAUGGAAACUAUUUGAUUACUUGUUUUAUACAGAUUUUUACUCGGUUUUCAGACUCUACUAAAGAGUGCCCCUCGGCCGCCACGCAAGCAUUUGUAGCUUGUUUGUUGGCCUUAAUGGGCCAGAAGCUCAGUGUUGUGACCUGUUUUUAAAAUAAAGUACCUUGAAAAUUAAAAAAAAAAAAAA